AACCACCUAGAACCUUUGGCGAAGCCUAAAAUGCUAUUUAGUGUCAGGUCCUGUAAUUGGUCAAAAUCCUCAAGAAAGGGGGCUCUUAAAGUAGUUAGUCGCCACUGUGCAGUUGAAGGUCUCGCAUAUAUCGCUCUUGCUAUAGAGGGUAUGCUCUUUUAUGGAUGUAACGAUCAAACUCACGAUAUUGCCAGUGAGCCUUUUAAAUUUGUGACGCAAUUAUUAUACUUCAUAAAUCAAGAUUGUGGUAAUCCAUCUAUCUCAAUAAAUGGAGAGGUAUCAAUCGAUAUUGGCAUUGAUUGGGCAAAAUCAGAAGAAAUUACUAACAGAACAAAUAUAUUUGCCAUAACAUAUUCCGCUGUAAGCUUAGCAUGGGUUAUUACUUCACUGGUUGUAUUAUUUACAAUUUGUUGCCGUACUACAAAAAUACUUACGGUUUUCGUCUUUUGGCCAUGGUUUUUAGUUAUAAUAGCUGGAAGCAUACUGGAUGCUGUAGCAACUGGUUAUCAUAUUGUUGAUAUAGUGCACACAACAUCAGCCGAUGAGACUUUCGACUAUAUAGGCAUCUCUGCACCAGAAAUAGUUAUGAACCAGUUAAGGGCAUACGAUGUUUACUUCAUUACACCAGCUAUUGUUAUGACAUGUAUAAGCUCUAGAGUGGUAAUCAUAUGGUUUUUGAAUAUUUUUGGUGCUUGCUUCUGUCUUUCGCUCUCAAGAGUAUUGGCACAGGAUAAUGCAGCACAACGUAGAAAACAUGUUGCUUCUGCACCAACAACAGCAACUGCUGGAAACGAACCGCCAAGAGCUGAAAUUACAAUUACUGAACAAGUAAUUGUACCUCAUUCACAAAUACAGCAUCAACCACAAAUUCAGACUCAACCACAAAUUCAGAGUCAACCACAAAUUCAGCCUCAACCACAAAUUCAACUAACUGCACAGCAAAUGCAACAGCCUCAACAAUUCCAGCAAACACAAUAUCCUCAAAAUUUAAGGCUGAAUGUACAAGAACGCACACCAGAAUAUAAAAUUGCGCCUAUAGCUGUUUAUCCUCCAAGUGCACCAUCACCAGAUAUGCGCCAAGCUGAACCGCAAGCUAACAUUGUAAAUAAUAAUACCACAUAUCGGCAGACAACUAGUCAUCCAGAUGUACUCGAUUAUCCGCCCCAACCAUUAGCAGAUCACCGUGCAUCGCCAGUGGAAUUAUCACCAACAUCGCCGUUAAACGAUAGAUACUCUCAGCCGCCUUCUUUUUCAAAUAAAAGCCAACCACAACGUGUAAGCGCGGAAUUAAGAAGUCAGCUACCAUGGUCAUAUACUAACAUGGCAGCUAAACCACAACCACCUCGUAAACCACCAACAAUACCAGAGCCUGAUUAUAUAUUAGAGGAGUCUGCUUUUAACACAAAAUUUUUAAAAAUACAAUAUAAAAAGUUUUUUAACAUCUUACACUUGAGCUUUAUAAUAAACUACAAAAUGAUUUUCGGUAAACGUUUAAAAUAUUUAUCGAAAGUUGGAAUUACUUUCCACAAUUACAAAGGACAAUUGCCACCAGUAAAACGUUUUGCUUCAAAUGUUCCUGUGGAGAAACGAACUUUAGAAGUAAAUGGACAAGAAUAUAUAACAGAUCAUAUGACUAAUGUUACACCAAAAAUACUGUCGUACUUGGGAAUGAAUAAACAUCUACAGAAGCAUCAUCCCAUUUCAAUCGUCAAACAACGAAUAGUUAAUUAUUUCUACAGAGCCUACCGCAACUCACGUGGGAAUCCUUUAUUUUCCGUGUAUGACAAACAAAAUCCUGUAGUGACAAUACAACAGAAUUUUGACAAUCUGCUUAUACCUCCCGAUCAUGUAAGUCGCUCUAAAUCAGAUUGUUAUUACAUUAAUAGUAAUUAUUUACUACGAGCACAUACAACCGCUCAUCAAGUGGACUUGAUAUCCAGUGGGUUAGAUAAUUUUCUUGUUUGCGGCGAAGUUUACAGACGAGAUGAAAUUGAUAGCACUCACUUUCCGGUAUUUCAUCAACUUGAUGCGGUGCGUUUAUUAACUAAAGAAAGAUUAUUUGAACGCAAUGCCGACUUAGACAUUUUUGAAAAUUCUGCAAACACAAAUAAACAAGUUUUUUAUCCAUUAACAAAAUGUAUAGAUCAGACAAAACAAGCUUGCCACAGCUUGGAGGCAGUCAAAUUGAUGGAAUAUGAAAUGAAACAAGUACUGCAGGGACUAGCAAUGGAUUUGUUUGGUAAAGAUGUGGAAUAUCGUUGGGUUGAUACUUUUUUUCCUUUUACACAACCAUCGUGGGAACUAGAAAUAUUUCAUAAAGGUAAUUGGUUAGAAGUUUUAGGAAGUGGCAUAAUGCGCAAUGAAAUCGUGCAACAUGCUGGUGCCAAAAAUUCAAUCGGUUAUGCCUUCGGCGUAGGUUUGGAACGUUUAGCAAUGGUUUUAUUCGAUAUACCUGACAUACGUUUAUUUUGGUCGACUGACAGUGGUUUUCUAAAUCAGUUUAAUGAAGAAAAUUUGGUAGAUAUACCAAAAUAUAAGUCCAUAUCAACAUAUCCGCAAUGCAGGAAUGAUUUGUCGUUUUGGUUACCACUUGUCGAAGACACAAAAACAGAAACAGAUUUUGUAGCAAAUGAUUUUUAUGAUCUGGUUCGUACUGUCGCCGGUGAUGUAGUAGAACAGAUAAGCCUUGUAGACAAAUUUAAACAUCCCAAAACAGGUAGAUCAAGUCUAUGUUUUAGGAUCACUUACAGGCAUAUGGAACGAACGCUUACCCAAGCUGAAGUAAAUGAAAUACACAAACUCAUUGCCAAUGAAUGUGUAAAAAACUUUAAUGUAGAAAUUCGUUAAUAAUUUGUUUUUAAUUGUUGAGAAGAAAUAAAACACUUAUUUUACAAAAAUAA